AUGGUUUUCAUCUUGGGACUGAAUUUCGCCGAAGGGCAUAUGGUCGCAAAAGCCCUGCAGUCUUUCUAUGGCAUCGGCCCCAACAUCACGAAGCAGGUCAUGAGCCGCUUCUACAUCCACAAACGUGCCACCAUCGGCGAGCUCGAUAGCCAACAGGUCCUCGACCUGAACGCUCACCUCUCCACCUUGAAGAUCGAAAACGACUUGCGCCGCUCCCUGGUUGACAAUAUCAAGCGCCUAAGAGACAUGGGUACCUACAGGGGGAGGAGACACGCCAUGGGCCUGCCAGUGAGAGGACAAAGGACAAGGACACAGAUCAAUACCGCGCGGAAGUUGAACAGAGUGGAGCGCAAGGGCUGA